UAGCUGGUGCUUCUCUCAGUUCCCAAAGCAAACGUCAUGGAGGUGGAAGGCCAAAACUCCAAUCACCAGAACCAGGAUGCCGCUCCCCAGAUGAGCAAAGGCCUGAGGAGGGCCCUCAUCGUCCUCAACUGCGUCCUUAUGGCGCUCGGAAACACCGGCAGCCCGCUCCUCCUCCGCCUCUACUACCGUAGCGGCGGAAAGCGUCAGUGGCUCUCGAGCUGGCUCGAGACCGCUGGAUGGCCCUUCAUCUUCGUCCCCCUCCUCAUCACCUACCUCCACCGUCGCCGCCGCUGCCAACUCCGCCCCGGCAACUGCCACCCCACCAAGCUCUUCUUCAUCACCCCGCGACUCUUCCUCGCUUGCGCCUUCAUCGGCCUCAUCACCGGCUUCGACGACUUCCUCUACGCCUACGGGCUGUCUUUCCUCCCCGUCUCCACCUCGUCUCUCCUCAUAUCCACCCAGCUGGCCUUCACGGCCUUCUUCGCCUUCCUCAUAGUGAAGCAGAAGUUCACCCCGUACUCGAUCAACUCGGUGGCGUUGCUGACGGUCGGGGCAGUGGUCCUAGGACUCCACGUGAGCUCCGACCGGCCCGACAACGUGACGAGGGGCCAGUACCACUUGGGGUUCAUCCUGACGCUGGGGGCAGCAGCUCUGUAUGGGCUGAUCCUGCCGCUGGUGGAGCUGAUGUACUCCAAAUCGAAGCAGGCGAUCACCUACACGCUGGUGAUGGAGAUGCAGUUGGUGAUGGGGUUCUUCGCGACCGCUUUCUGCACCGUGGGGAUGCUGGUGAACAAGGACUUCCAGGCGAUUCCACGUGAGGCAAGGCACUUCGAACUGGGGGAGUUUAGAUACUACGUGGUACUUGUUUGGAGCGCCGUCUUCUGGCAAUUCUUCUUCCUGGGCACAGUGGGCAUCAUCUUCUGCGUCAACACGCUGCUCGCCGGCAUCCUCAUCGCGUUGUUCAUCCCGGUGACCGAGGUGUUGGGUGUCGUUUUCUUCAAGGAAAACUUCAGCAGCGAGAAGGGCAUCGCUCUCGUCCUCUCACUCUGGGGGUUGGCCUCCUACUCCUACGGAGAGUACAGGCAAGAAAAGGAUAAGAAAGACAAAGCAGCUCCCAGUAAUCAGGUUGCUUGAACUGCUGUACUUCUGUGAUCGAAGGGAAAUUUUAAUGGAUUGCUACAUAUUGAUCAAAGAUCGAUGAUGAUGUGGAUAUGAAUUUGGAUAGAGGAUAAGCAUGUGCCUUUGGAAUCAUAUUAGCAAUUGCAUGGGAAUCACCUCGUUUGGGGAACACUUGCAAAGGAAUCAGCAGCAAACAGGCUACUUGAGCAUGCAAUUAAGCAGCAUCUCACAGUCACCUGAAUCAUUCUGUCAUGCUUUCCUUCCAACAUCUGAAGCUGAUGAUGCUUCUGAAACGUCCUCAGGCGUCGUCAUCAUCAUCAUAACUAGAAUAAUUCCUAGUGCUUUGUUUAGGCGCAAAGCAAACUUGAAUCUUUAGAAAACAUAUGCGUUUGAAUGCUGCCAACAGCAUGAGAUUAUGCUGA